AUGGAGGCCUGCUGUAGCGUAGCCAGGAUAGUGAGCUUUGCACAUUUUGGCCUGAGAAUUUUGCCCAAGUUCCUGGCUCUUUCUCCCGAUUCACUGGGGAAAUUCAGAAAGGUCUCACCACUGAUGGAAACUGAAACUGCGGUGAGAAAUUUGCCGGAGCUGCCGCAGGAUGUAUUGAUGGAAAUAUUUUCACUCCUGGAGAUACCUGACCUCAUGCGUGCGGCCUCUGUCAGCACCUCCUGGCGCUCUGCGUAUACAAGCCUAUGCAACGAGCUUGAGCAGUACAAACGGCCUCAGACGCCUUGCCUCCUCUACACUUCUGAAUCUGCUGGUGAGAACGUCGCUUGUCUCUACAGUCUUGCGGAGAAGAGGGUCUACAAUCUAACUCUCCCGGAUCCGCCCAUCCGCAGUAGGUAUCUGAUUGGGUCCUCGCAUGGUUGGCUAGUUACCGCAGAUGACAAGUCUGAGCUCCACCUUAUCAAUCCGAUCACUGGUCAACAGAUUGCUCUCCCGCCGGUGAUCACCAUCGAUUAUGUAGAGCCAAUCUUUGAUGAUGCAGGUACAAUUGUUAAAUAUGGAUUGCCCGAGCAAGUGUACUGUGCGGAGUCAGGCUCCAAACUGGUUGAUCCCAAAAUGUUAACCCAUGCUCCCGACGAGCUUCGUGACCACCUCUAUGUCAGGGCAUUUAUCUUUCCGGAUCCGUCGGCAGGAAGCUACAUUGUGGUUCUCAUCCACGGUCCAGAUGGUGAGCUUUCGUUUGCAAAGAUAGGAGAUUGUAAGUGGACCUUGCUGCCGCCGGGUUGUGACUAUAAAGAAUGCAUCUACAUGCAUGAUUUAUUGUAUGCAUUCACGAGAACUGGAAGAAUUGAUGCGUUUGAUCUCAGUGGCCCUUCCAGCACCUGGAGCAUAAUCAUAGAUGGGAUUGACAAUUACAUUAGUUGGGACAUGUGGUAUGUUGUUCAGGCACCGUGGGACCGUUUGCUGCUAGUCUGCAGGGAGAAUGAACUCAUAGAUGCGGGUUAUGAGGACCUCAUAGGUAAAACUAGAAAAAUCUUGUUAUACAAAGUUGAUAUGGCAGCAAAAGCGCUUGUGGAAAUAAAUGGCUUGCAUCAUCACGUGUUGUUUCUUGGGCGUAACCAGUCGCAGUACCUUAGUGCUGAAGAAUAUCCGCAACUGAAGGAAAAUCAUGUCUAUUUCGCAGAUGAUGAGGAAUAUAGUUGGAAGUAUAAGACGAAUCCUCGGGACAUAGGUGUUCUCAACUUGGACGAUGACAGUACGCAAGAAAUUGUAUCCCCUCUUUGGUGCAGCUGGCCCAGUCCCAUAUGGAUAACACCCAGUCUUACAGUGAUGAACUUUCCAUUGUACGAAUAGGUAGUUUUUUUUACGAAUUUCAGCAAAAUCGUUUGUGAUAUAGUAAAUUUCCAUCUGCUGAUAUUUUUAUUUGAUUAAUACUAGUUAUUUCAGUUGUAAAACGUUGCAUAGAAGUGUAGAUGUCUU